CGCUGACCUCUCGUUGCUGGCCCGUGUCCUUGCAGGGCUGGUCCGGCUUAACAGCUGGCGAGCAACUGAAGACCAGAGUCAUGGGCAAAGGCGAAGGCAAAGGCGGCGUUUCAGACCCGCACAAGGGGCCGGGCUGCUGCGGCGGCUGCGCGACCGACGAUCCCGACUUCCCCGCUGAUCCAGAUGAGGCGGGCUGCACCGACAUCUUUUGCCUCGGCCUCUUCUUGGUCUUUUGGGUGGGCAUCGUGGGGAUCGGCGUGUCCGCCAUCUCCACGGGCGACCUGACGGCGCUCUAUCGCGGCGCGGACUACCUGGGCAACCGGUGUGGCGUCGAUGACAACAACUUUGAAAAGAACGGUGAAAGUUACUCCGUCCCCGGGGAUCCUGAUACGGGUAGCACGCUGGGCGGGUACAUUUGGUACCCGCAGAUCGCAAAGGACCUGUCGCUGCAGCAGUCGCUCAUCGCCAAGGGCCAGUGGGCCUCGGUGACCCUGUACGGCCUCUGUGUCGACGAGUGCCCUAAAGUCGGGUCAGAGCCGAUUGAGGACUAUGGGCACCAGGCGAGGAAGAAUGGAAAGGAGGGGGGCAAGGUGUUGUGUUCCGUUGCCCAUGAGGAUGACGAGAAGUGUACGGACGACGAGAUCUUGUCCAAGGCGGGCGAGGAUGGCACGUGGGGCGUCUACCUCUCGACCAUGCCUGUGCUCAACCGUUGCCUCCCGAAGAGCGACACGAACAGCAGCGACGCCAAGCUCUGCACCGACCCGCCCUGCACCGACCCCGACAUCAACAAGCCCUGCUACGAGCACAACGUCGACGUGGUCGGCACGACGGCGUGGGAGAUCUCCUCCCUCGAGGAAGCCUACCUCUGCGACCGCGAGCUCGACCUCGUCGUCUCCACCACCGCAAAGCAAGCUGGCGCGGGCUUCUUCGUCGGCGCCCCUCUCCGCCAGAGCGGACCGGCGCGCGCCGCGGGCAUACUCAUCUUCUUCUACCUCUUCGCGGGCGUCGCUGUCUACCUCGCCAUCUUCCUCCUCCUCCUCACCUUCGCCAUCGCCACCGCAAUCUUCGCGUAUAAGGGCUCCCCCUCCCAACCACACCACCGCGCGGAGAGGGGCCGGGCAUGCCCCGAAGCCUGCUCGGAGCUCCUCCCCGUAGGUGGCCUCUCCACGCCCUACAUCGACGACCUCGUCACGCAGGGCGCAGGCUACGUCGGCGACAAGAUGGACGAGCACGGCUUCGACACCGCCUACGUGACCGAGUCCUCCAUGUACGAGAGCAUGACCGCGGCGCCUCUCGCGGAAGGAGGUGUGGCGGCGGGGCGGCGACCGGCCGAUGAGGAGCUGCGAAUCUACAAGUGGAUGGCGAUCGUGACGGGCGUGCUGCUGCUGCUCGCCCUCAUCUUCAUCUGCAUGGCCUCCAAGCAGAUCAAGCGCACCACCGCUCUCGUCUCGGAGGGGACAAAGGUCAUCAAGAACUCGCCCGCGAUGAUGUUUGUCCCGCUCGCCUCGUACAUCGCGCAGCUCGUCGCCGUGUCCAUCUGCGCCCUCAUCAUCUGCUACCUGUGGACCGACCCGGCCUGCCCGCAACAGGGCGUGACACGAGCCUCGUCGUACCAGACCACCCUCGGCUGGGCGGAGGAGCUGAAGGCCAAGGCGAACUCGACCAUCGACAUCGCCGUCGACCCGAACGACCUGCUCAAGUACGAGACCGCCUACGUUGCCUUUGGCGGCCUGUGGACCUACCUCUUCUACGACGCCAUCGUCACCACAAUCAUCUCGGACUACCACUUCAUCGACCAAGACACCGCCGGCAUGAAGGACUCGCGCUACGCCGACAACCAGACCGACCUCAUCACCCUCUCCCAGAUCGGGCAGGUCAUCCGGUGCAACCUCGGCUCGAUGGCCUUCGGAUCGCUCAUCCUCGCCCUCAUCUCGGUGGUUCGCAUCGUGCUCGAGUACAUCGACGACCAAACCAAGGACGUGCAGGACGCCAACAUCCUGCUCAAGUACGCGCUCAAGUGCUGCAAGUGCUUCCUGAUGUGCUUUGAAAAGUCGAUCAAGUUCCUCACCUCGUACGCUUACACCUUCGUCAUCCUCGAGAACCGCGGCUUCUGCUCCGCCUGCUACAUGUCGUACACCCUCCUCGGCGAGUACGCCACGCAGAUCGCAAUCAACAAGAUGGUCUGCUUCGUCCUCUACUGGAUCCAGUCCAUCGUCACGCCGAUCGUCUGCUUCCUCUGCGCGUACAAGCAGAUGACGAUGAACGACGAGAAAAUCCAAACCGGCACAGCCAAUGCGUACAACUACUACGGGCCGCUCGUGCCGGCGACGGCCAUCUUCAUCCUCGCCCUCAUGCUCGCGCGCUCCUUCGCCGCCGUGUACGAGCAGACGGUGACGGCGCUGACGGUGCGCCCGACCGCGCCGCCGCGCCCCCCCUCCGCCGCGGCGCGCCCGCGACGGCGUCCGCCUUUUGCGCGGCUGCAGGUGUGCGUGCUGCACGACAUCCGCGAGUACGAUCCGCCCUUCAUCGCGCGCGAGAUGUACGAGGCGUUCGAGCUCGAGCCGGCGUGGGAAGAGCGCCCCAUGCACGAGGGCCAGCCGGGGGAGCCGAAGGACGCGUCCAAGAAGCGCCCCUUCUCCAAGCGCCACAUGGUUGGCCACAAGAAGGGUGGCCAGGCGCUGCUCAACCCUUGACGCCGGAGCGGCCCCGGCUCUGAGGGAGUUUAGUAUAGCUGCGGACGCAGCAGGGGGGUGGACAGGCGAGAGGGGCCGGGAGCUCGCAGCGCGUGGUUCGCUGCUGCGCUCUCAAGCUAUGUGGCUGGACGCAUGG